GUGCUGGCUAGAGUUACACGUUCUAUAUUUAAGCCUGGUGACUUGUGUCGCCGCUCGGUUUCACCGCCUCAGUCUGAGCGGGGCGAGGGCCGCAGCAAUAUGAUGGACCUUUUUGAGACCAACUCGUACCUCUUCGGGGACUUGCGUUAUUUGGAGGAGGGCGACCAUGGCUCGCUGCAGCACCUGGACAUGGCGGCGGUGUCGCCCCUGUACAGCCCGCUGUCCCCCGGCCGGGACCGGGACCGCGCCCCGUCCGAGACGGCGGGGGAGAGCGGGGGGGAGAGCAGCGGGGAGGAGCACGUGCUGGCGCCGGCCGCGCUCCGGGCCCACUGCGAGGGCCAGUGCCUCAUGUGGGCCUGCAAGGUCUGCAAGCGCAAGGCGGCGCCCACGGACCGGCGCAAGGCGGCCACGCUGCGCGAGAGGAGGAGGCUGAAGAAGAUCAACGAGGCCUUCGACGCGCUCAAGAGGAAGACCGUGGCCAACCCCAACCAGAGGCUGCCCAAGGUGGAGAUCCUGCGCAGCGCCAUCGGCUACAUCGAGCGCCUGCAGGAGCUGCUGCAGACGCUGGACGAGCGGGACAAGAGCCCCAGCGCCCAGUGUAAAGAGCACAGCGUGGUUGGUCCUGAGCCCCUCUGGAAGCAGAGCUCUGAGACCUGGCCGUGCUCUGCUGACCAUUCCACUCCAGCCGGCAUCAACCAGAGAGAAGGGAGCGGCGAGUCCUCGGCGUCUUCCAGCCUCCUGCGUCUGUCCUCCAUCGUGGACAGAAUCACCAACAACGAGAGGAGCAGCUUCCCUCAGGACAUCUCCCAAAACUGAAGCCUUGACCAGAGAAGCCUUUUAUUACUGUUUAUCCCUACAUGAUUUCCACUGUGUAUCAGUCUCCCUCUACAGCAGGAGCAGCAGAUCUGUACAUAUUUUAUAACGAUGUGAUGCUUAGAUUUAUUUAUUUUGUAUUCAAACGAAGGCAAACUCCUAAAACACGCGUUCUAUUUAAUUAUUUGUACAUAAGAGAAUAAAAAGCUCCUUUUCCAGUCUAGUCAA